UAUUUUGCUUGUCUCUCCAUUUGUUCCAUUGGUUGUAGCUGCGCGAUCCCUCCGAGGUAUGCUACAAGUGUUUCGGUGUGUCAAGGCCCGAUACACAGGCAACAAGGACAGAGGCUAUCCCUUCCCUUCAGGACAAUGUAGCAAAAUCUCCAGAGGUUUAGUCUGCCCAACUGCCUACAUCAACCAUGCCCCAACUGCCAUUACCUGCCUACUCCAACCCAUUGUUGACUGAUCAGACGGAGCUAAUUAACCAUAUCCGAACCCAUUAUCCUAAGCUGGAAAGGAGUAAAAUGGCUGAUAUUCUUAAGAGGUUCAAUGCACGGUACCUCAAUCUCACUGUGACCUACAAGAAGGGUGUCUCUGACCUCAUUAUCUCCCUAGCUGAUUUCAUUCUAAACUACAUUUCAAAGGAAUGUGGGGGACUUGACGCCCCCACGCCUUCCCCGACGUGCGUUGCUAGUGGUGGUGAACCAAUAAACGGUCAAGAGUCUUGACUCAAUGCUGUGCAUAAUAUCUAUUUUUCUACCACCAUGAAUAAUACCAUUACCCACUGUAGGGCCGAGGUCUUCAUGCACAAAAAAUGGAACUGGACAACAACUCGACCAAUCAGAUACCGAAGCUGAGAGUGCUGCUACGCCUCUUCACAAGCAUUCACGUUCACUGGAUGUUAUGCCUAACACAUGGACCUCUAGUCCAUCUUCAUAUGGAAUCAAGAAGCAACGCAACUGCAUGAGUGCUGGAAACUUCGACUAGUCGUUUUGUUCCUACCCCGCAUAAAGAGACUACUGAACUACCAUAUACUCCGCGUCGUUUGCUAAAACAAGAUUGCACGGUUGCUGUUGUCAAUCAGAUGUGCAGUGCAGAUGAGGUCGAGGAUCCUGACGGCAAAAUUCUUUUUGGACAACGUUCAUCUGAACCAAUAUGCAAGAAAAAAUUGAUGCUUGGGGAACAGGCUAGGUCACCAUGGAACAUGGGGUGCAUGCAUCCGGAUAAUGGCUGUGUUGUCCCUCAAAAGUUAGCUUCUUGGGUGUAUGCUGCUGCUGACGUAUAUCUCAAGCGGAACUGGGUUAUUCACCACUCACCCAAGUACAUACAACUUUCUAGUGAGGCCUUUAGGUCUCAGUUGGUAGGCUCGAACCCUAUGGGUUUUGAGUUGUGUGACAUACUCAUCCGCCGCUUUACCCAGCUCGAUGCAGACAUGCGCGCUAAUUCUUGGAAAUGUCGCUGGAGGCAUUUCUUUGAAUCUGAUUUCUAUUCUUUUGCGUUAGCUGGGUACGACCUGCUGAAUGUCCUCUCUGUUAGGGAGCAAUUCAUUGGAGCAAAUGUUCCCUACAACCUAUCUGCUUGCCGGAUGAUAAGUGCUAUGCUGGUCCCUGCAUGUAUCAAUCAAGUGUGGUGUUGUUUCUCCUUUGACAUGUGGAACAAAGUCAUAUAUGUGCUUGACCCCUGUGGCCCGAAUCCUCACACUGCUUUGAAGAGGCAUGCUGCACAAAGGAUUCUCGAUGCUUUGUGCAAAUGCAUAUCCGCGUUCUUUGAUAACUGGCAACCUGACCCCAAUGCAUGGCAGGUGCAUUUCCCAGUUCUCAACAUUGAGUCCUGCAAUGUUGUGCACUGUGGUGUCUGCAUGCUACAUUGUGCCCGGAAUUUCAAAGGCGAUGCUUUGGCAAUGCCAUUGAAAUUGGGUCAAAUCCCUUCCUUGCGGAAUGCCCUUCUCUGUGAAGCGCUGACUAUUUCUGGGAACAAUGUCGCCAUUCCACUUCCCCUUAAAACUAUCAUUGCCAACUCUGUGUACUAGGUGUUCUUGCUCAACUAUGCAAUCUAAUGGACGACCUGUACACGUUUACAUUUUGGUUGUGUCAAUUUUCAACGAUACAAUUCUUUUAGUGACGCUGAUGCUUUUUGUUUUCCCGAUUUACUGUUGCACCCUGCGUUUGUUCUUCGCAAUGUCGCACCACAGCCGCAACAUCCAAAUUGGCUUUUCUGUAAACGUACUGUAAGGAUUCACAUUUUGUGCCAACCUUUCUGCUGGCCUGACAUGCUGUAUUUUUUCUGUUAUAUAUACGCUACUUUUGACUUU